AUGCUGGAAGUGCUAGUCAAUGACCGUUUGGGGAAGAAAUUGCGGGUCAAGUGCCUUGAGGAAGACUCUGUGGGCGAUUUCAAGAAAGUUGUCGCUGUGCAGCUGGGUGUAAUGCCCGGCAAGAUCGUGCUGCAGAAGGGCGGGGUGGUGUUGAAGGACCAUAUCACGCUGAUGGACUACGAGGUCCAUGAGGGGACAAACCUGGAGUUGUACUACUUGUGA